UCGCUGUUCAGCGUUUUACAGCGAGCCGACAGAAAUGACUGAGUCAUCAAAAAUUGAUCAAAACAAAUAUGGAGCAUGGAGAAGAAGUGAGGGCGCUAAUAGCGCGAAAAAACUUGAUUGAAGAAGAAAUUCGUGACCUACAAGAUGUCUUACGCUCACAUGAUUGUGAUAUGACAAAUCCUUUGGUGGAUACAGACGGUUACCCUCUACCAGAAGUAGAUAUUAUUACAGUACGAAAAACACGAGUUAAAAUUAUAUACCUUCAAAAUGAUCUUAAAUCAUUGAUGGACGAAAUAGAAAAAGGUUUACACGAAAUCCAUGCGAAAGCACGCACGAAGAAAGAACAACCAGAUCACUUGACAGAAAAACACACAGAAGUUUUACCAGAACAAAAACCAUUUUUGCUAGUAGACGCUGUUACUGAUGGCUCACCUGCUGCGAAAGCGGGCUUGAAAGUCAACGAUCUUGUGACCCGUUUUGGUUCUGUGAAUAUAUCGAACUUUUCUGGUUUACAAAUGAUAGGAUCGUUGGUUCAGAAUAGUAAAAGCAAAGAGCUCAUUGUUAAUAUAAAAAGAGGCGAAGCCGAAAAAAUUGUAAAAUUAGUACCUGACACAUGGGAAGGUGGUGGCCUAUUAGGAUGCAAUGUAGUUCCCAUAAAGAAAUAACACAUACGAUGAUCAAUAGAAGUUACAUCAGACAAACAAAGCGACAUCAAACUUGAACAAACAAAUUCGUUAUCCAAAUUCUUGCAUUUUAAACAUCCUUGUUAUUUAUUAACUACAAGAUACGAAUGUAAAAUUCCAGUUACCAAA